AGACUUUGGAUGUUCGGAGGCUUUUACAGCUAGAUGUGGAUUGUAUGUUGUAAGACUGAACUACUGGGAAGAUGAAACCAUAUGAAUGGAAAUGGAGGUACGCCAUUCUGUUUUGUGACUGUGUGCUGGUAUUUGGCGUGUAUUUCUGUGUAGACAUGCCCAGCUCCUUACAAGUUGACUUCCAGGGAAGCGAGGCUAUACAGUGUCAUGUCAACGAAACGUCAAUAUUGGGCGCGUGCUGUGACACGUGCCUAGAUCUGGGACCUACACGAUACAACCUCCUUCAUUCCUUUCUCUACUGGACAUCUUCCAUUACGUCACUGAUGUCUGGCUACGUGAUCGAUAUAAUAGGAAACCGCGUUUCGGCCGUCGUCAUCAUCAUCCUGACAUCAUUUGGGUCAAUUCUAUUCGCCAUUGCUGGGUCUGAUAUUGUACGAUAUACCCCGUCAAUGUUCCCUAUGAUGAUUGUAGGACGCAUGUUUCUCGGCUUUGGCGAUGGACCCAUGCGAAGACCGGGUGAUAGCCCACUGGUUCGCCGAGGAUUCCGUGAUAGCAGUGAGUCUAGUAAUACUUACUAG